AUGCCUUGGCUUGCGAUUCCAUUUUCUGAUUCUGAGACACGCGAUGGACUCGAUAAAUUGUUUGAUGUGAGUGGAAUACCCCAUCUUGUUAUCCUGGAUGACAAUGGGAAGAAAUUGACCAUAGAGGGUGUUGGAAUCAUCCGAGAACAUGGGGUCGAAGGAUAUCCUUUUACCCCAGAACGAAUUCAAGAACUCAAAGAGCAAGAAGAAGAAGCUAAGAGGAAUCAGACCUUAAAAUCUUUACUGGUGUCCCGGUCACGGGAUUAUGUGAUUAGACCUGAUGGGAAAAAGGUACCGGUUAUUGAACUUGAAGGUAAGACUAUACUCCUGUAUUUCUCCUUGGUUACAUACAAAGAUUGCCUUGCUUUCACCCCGAAGCUUGUUGAAAUAUAUAAAGAGUUGAGAAAAGAGGGAGAGAAUUUUGAGAUUGUGAUGAUACCCCUUGAUGAUGAGGAACCGUCAUUUAAGCAAGAGUUUGAAGGCAUGCCGUGGCUUUCAUUGCCUGUCUUGGACAAAACUUGUGAAAAGUUAGUACGUUACUUUGAGCUCUCUGCCCUGCCAACCGUUGUUGUCAUUGGGCCAGAUGGGAAGACUCUUCAUCCGAACGUUGCUGAAAUCAUUGAAGAACAUGGUCGAAAGGUCUAUCCUUUUACGCCUGAGAAAUUUGCUGAGAUUGAAGAAUUGGAGAAGAUAAAGCGAGAAUCGCAAACUCUUGAAUCAAUUUUGGUAUCAGCAAAUUGCGACUUUGUAAUCGGGAAAGAUGGAGUUAAGGUUCGGGUUUCUGAUCUUGUUGGAAAAAAUAUACUUCUCUACUUCUCUGCGCAUUGGUGUCCUCCGUGCCGUGCUUUUCUACCUAAGCUCAUAGAAGCAUACCACAAGAUCAAAGCAAAGGAUGAAAAAUUUGAAGUGAUUUUCAUCUCCAGUGACAGAGACCAAACAUCCUUUAAUGAAUUCUUUUCAACAAUGCCAUGGCUGGCACUUCCAUUUGGCGAUAAAAGGAAGGAACCUUUAAGUCGUCUAUUCAAGAUUCGAGGCAUCCCGAUGUUAGUAGCACUAGGGCCAACUGGCAAGACCAUCACGACCGAAGCCAGACGUCUUAUUGCUUAUCAUGGUUCAAAUGCUUACCCGUUCACUGAGGAACGCAUCAAGGAGAUUGAGGAACAAUACGAAAAGAUGGCCGAGAAAUGGCCGAAGAAAGUGAAGCAUUCACUUCACGAGGAGCAUGAACUUGCUCUCACCAAGCGCGUAGGUUAUAAUUGUGAUGGUUGCAAUGAAUUUGGACAAGGGUGGUCAUUCUGGUGCAACGAAUGCGACUUUGAUCUCCACCCCAAGUGUGCUUUAGGUGGCGAAGAUGAAGACAAGGACAAGGACAAGUUCGGGGCCGAGGAAUUAAAAGGCAACAAUGUCAAGGUAGAACAUGAAGAGAAGAAUCCCAAGGAAGGUUGGACUUGUGAUGAUGAUGUGUGCUACAAGGCAUAA